GACUUUUGACCUUGAGUGCUAGUUUGAGAACAAAAACUUGAUUUAGUGCUAUUUUUGUCUUUUUCUCUUCGUGGAAACCAAUACAAAAUUUAAAGAAAGAUUAAUCGAAAUUUUAUAGUAUUCACAAAUGUUCUUUAGAACCAUGUGAUAGAUUAACGGUUUAGAAGUGAAUAAAGAUCAAUAAAAUCCAUUCGUAUAAACUACCUACGAUAAUUUCAUGUGUUGUUUAAUUAUUUUCUUAGACUAUUACAGAACAAAGACUCCACCAAAUCCAAAUCAGUACACAAACGUGUUCGUGACCAGCUUGUUUUCCUUGCACUCAAUUUACAAAUCAUAAACCCAUUUAAUCGUUUUUUUUCUUUUACAGAAAGGCAUUUAAGAACAUAGAAAAUAAGAAAACCAAUUAUGGCCGAACCACAUGCAAAGUUGGCUAAACAAAAUAAAAUAUGUUACAGCUCAAACGGAACCUCUCGGUUACCAAUAAAAGACUAUAGUAAACAAAAUACAGCUCAUCCAGCAUUGUCUGUUUGAUUUUUAUAAUCAUCAUUUCACGUUUAGUCCGUGGUAAGAAUACAUAAAUAAAUAAGCCAUUAACAAAACAAAAUUUGAAAACGAAAAUUAGAAGCAUCUUUCAUCAAUAUAAAGGUUGACUUAUAACAUCGUGAACAAUCAAAACAUCUUACGAUAAAUUUAUCCAAAAUGAUAAGAAGAUUCACAACACAAAUCAUCAAAUCAUCACCAAUGGUGAAGAAAGCAGUACUGAUUGGGAUCAACUACCCAGGAACCGAGGGAGAGUUACGUGGCUGCGUCAAUGACGUCAAGCGAAUGCACAGAUGCCUCGUUGACCGGUUCGGAUUCUCAGAGGAAAACAUCACCGAGCUGAUUGAUACCGACAAGUCCAAGAUCCAACCCACUGGUAAGAACAUACGACAGGCAUUGUCGGAGCUUGUGGGAUCGGCUAACCCUGGAGAUGUGCUCUUCGUACACUACAGUGGACACGGUGUGAGGCUGCCUCCGGAGACUGGUGAAGACGAUGAUACUGGUUUCGAUGAGUGUAUUGUUCCCUGUGAUAUGAACAACAUCACUGAUGAUGAAAUCAGGGAGAUUGUUGAUAAAGUGCCUGAAGACUGCUCCAUUACAAUCGUCUCGGACUCUUGUCAUAGUGGUGGUCUCAUUGACGCAACCAAGGAGCAGAUAGGAGAGAGCACCAAGAAGGCGGGGAAAGCAGUAAAGACUACUGAGGAGAUUGAACAAGAAGAGAGGAGGAACGGAGUCCAUGUGGUAAACAGAUCUCUGUCUCUGGAGAGUAUGAUCAAUAUGCUAAAGCAAGAAACAGGAAAGGAUGAUAUAGAGGUGGGGAGUAUCAGGAGGUCUCUUCUCCAUGCGUUUGGAGAAGAUGCAUCUCCAAAAGUGCAGGAAACUGAAGGCCUCAAGGCGGUGACGAAGAAACAAGUGGUGAGAAAGAAAGACAAGGGCAUUUUGCUUAGUGGAUGUCAGACUGAUCAGACUUCAGGAGAUGUACGCACCAAGGGACAAGCCUAUGGAGCAUUCAGCGAUGCAAUACAGAUAAUACUUGAUGAGACAAAAGGAAAGAAGAUCACAAACAAAGAACUGGUUUUAGGUGUGAGAGAGCUUCUUGAGUAUGAAUGUUAUCCUCAACAACCGGGGCUGUAUUGCAGUGAUAGUAAUGCUGAUGCUCCAUUCAUAUGCUGAAAAUGAAUUUUCAGAUUUAGUUUCUUUAAAGUGUUUUGGAGUUUGUUGUUGAAUGAAGUUUGUGUGUUGUG